AUGGUACAGACUGAUGAUAGUGACCCGUCCCCUGCUCCCGGCUCCUCUGCUCUGCAGACCAACAACUACAGUCUGCUGCUGAAGAACCAACUCAUCAGGAAGCAUCUCCAACAGCAGGAGAAGCAGAGACAGAUGGAACAGAUGAACGGAGGUCAAAUGGCAGAGUGCCAGCAGGGGGCGCCGUUUCAAGGUGGGGGGCAUCCUCUCCCACCAGACUGUGGAAGUUACCCUAUGGGGGGUCCCCCCCAGCCCAACCCAGCCAUGCUCUCCCACGCACCCCCCCUCCCCCACAACCGCAUGGCCCUCCCCCCUGGAAACCCCUCCCACAUAGGGGUGGGGGCGGUGGGUCGCCCCAUGGGCGUGUACAUGGGCGGGCCCCCGGGCCCCAAACAGCCCCUUUACCACCCCUCUCAGGAGUACGGGGGCAUGCCACUACGCCAGGUGCAAGGCAUGAUGGGAAUGGCUGGUCCUCCAAGACAGGGGCUGGUCCAGCAGGGCGUGGCCAGGCCGGGGAUGCCGAUGCCUGGGCCGAUGAUGGUGCCCUCGGGGGGGUCCGUCUCCGGCCCUGGAGCUCCAAUGCCCCCCCACCAGCACCUCAGGCAGGCCUUGCACCCUCACGGACCUCACGGAGGGGGGGGGCGGAGGUGGCGCCCCACUCCCCCGGAUGAUGUACCCCCAGCAGCAAGGUCACCCUCACCAGCUGCACUUGCUCCAGCAGGGCGCAGUGUGGCCUUCCCACCAGCAGGGGGCGCUGGGGGCGCUGCAGCGCGCGCCCUGCGACGGACACAUGGACCCCUCGGCCAAUCACCAGCACGGGUUUCCCGGCGGGGGCGUGGCUACCAACGGGGUCUGUGGCGGAGGCGUCGUUCCCGGCAACCCGCAGUUUUCCCAGCAGGCUUUGCGGUCUGGGGUGCCCGGAGGGGUGAAUUUGCCCCCCCCCACCAGCCUCCGUCCCUGCCCUCCAGCCAGGGGAUGGGGGUGGCGUCGCUCCCCAACAGAGUGAUGCAGAAGCUGGGUGGAGGAGCCCCGGGCCAGGGGCUGACCUCCAUGGCCCACCAGGGGCUGCAACAGGGCUACAGACCCAGGGGACCCCUCUCCGCCCUGGCCGGGAUGAAGCCCGUACCCCCUGGGAUGGUCCACCAUCCAGCACAUGGCAUGGCUCCACCCAGCUACCCCAACGCCGGCCCUGCCAAGCACUCACACCCUCACCCCCAUCCUCACCCUCACUCCCACGGUCCUGGGUACGGACCAGGGAACCCCGGGCAAAAGCUUCCCCAGUAUGAGUACACACAGGCUGGGCAGAGCAACGGGGCGCUGGGGGGUCGGCCUGGAGGGGGUGGAGGUGGGGAGGUGGACUUCAUAGACACUCUGGUGGGCUCCAACGAGGACUGGCUGAACAAUCUGACCAUGAUCGACGAGUACCUGGAACAGAACUCCUAAAUCAGGAGGUCAGAGGUCAGGGUUCAGGGUGGGGUCACUGCGUGUACCUCACCUGAGGUGAAAGGUCAGACAGGGGGUUGGAAAGGGUCACCGGGGGGUCGAAAGAGGACUACGUCUAAAAGGCUGUCCCCCCAGCCCCUCCCACAAUCGUCCUCGUCACGCGACCGAUACUGGCGGCCAUUUUGGGAUGGUCCGGGCGUUGGACACGGAACUUUGUGGCCGUGGUUGCCACGGGAACGGGAGGCCACGCCCCCAAAGAGCCGAAGAGAGUCCGGGUGGUCCCGAUACAGAGAGUCGUGACGCUGUUUAGAACCCGUUUCCAACCAAUCAAGAACACAAGGGUUAGCUGUGGACGGCACGCGAUUGGAUGAAAAUGUUCGGGACUUCCUGCUGACAUGAUGUCGGUCAGAAGGACAAAUUCAGCAACACCAAAUCGAGGCUCGUGAGAUCCGAAACGAGCCAAUCACAGGGUGUCUAGGCAGGUCAAAUAAACCAAUCACUGAUACCUGUGUAGCGGUGUCUAUUGCUGAUUGGCCAGUGGCUACUUAGAUGUAUUGACAUUGGGCUUGUAAAGUAAUGUAUAUAUUUUUUACUGUAAAAUAAAGAAAGAGAAAGGGGUAUAUUUAUACUUCUUCAGCAACUCUUCAGAUUCUCUUUGUAAAUAAUUAAUCGAAAACGAAACAAAAAAACCUGCAAAAAAUAAACUUGUAAUUAAUGUUAUAGCUCACACGUGAUUUUACACUAGGGAAAACUUUAUUGUAAUUUGUUUAUAAAUAUGCAAGACAAUACAGUUUCAUUUUUUUCCAGUAAUACUGUGUAUUACAAUGUUAGCAUAUAUCUGUUAUGUUUUUGACAUAACAACAUUUUUGGUACCUGCUGUCUGUUAUUCAUUAACACACACAAACCUGAACAUUUGUCUUCAGUCUAUCAUUUCAAACUGUUCGUUUUCCACCUUGGUAGUAUAUAGACUAUAUACAUGUAUGUACAUGUAUAUACAUACAUACGUGUACAUAUACAGUACCUUUGACAUAUGUUCAUCAAGGGUUAAACUGCUGUUAGCAUCUCGGAUUAAAUCAAUUUAAUCCAGAUUACCUUUACCCACGAAUUAAGAGUAGGACUACGGAGAAGGCAGCACAAUGUCAAUCUAUCACCCACAAUGCAUUGCAUUGGGUCUCGUGUGUUUUUUUCUUUCUUUGUAUCUGGGCCAACUCGUUGUCAUGACGACGACGGUCCAAUAGUCUAAUUAUUUGUUCUUUGUUGUUAUUCACCUUUUUGUUUUUUUGUCUCGUUAUAUAUUUUUUUUCUAGAUUUGAAAUAAUAAACUGUAUCAAUGGGAGAAAA